UAAGCCCUUCCUCCUCAUGGAUAGACAAAUACUCUGUUGUUAAGCGAACAAUAAACAUGGAUCUGCUUCCCUUGCUUAGGAGUGAAUUAUCUGCUAUAAACUGGAACUUCCUGAAAGCAAUUUCUGACCCCAAACUUGCUUUUGCAGCUUUUACUGAGACUUUUUGUGAUAAAUUUAACGUUGUAUAUCCACCUAAAAUUAGUCGGCCCAAGCCAAUGUCUAGUUCUCCCGGUAAAAACCACAAAGGCACCAAAGGUUCAAAGGAUUGGUACACCCCUGACCUGGGUAGGCUACGACAGCUCAUGCUACUUGUUCAUGAUCAUUUUAAGGGCGCAACAGAUGACAAUAUCAGGCAGAGAUAUUACUUACUUUACUGUAGAAUUAAGUGUGACUAUGGUGUUAAGGUCAGGGAUGCAAAGAGGAAGUUUAAUGCAGAUAAAAUCCUCAACGCUCCCAACCCUUGCAAGGCUGCAUGGGACAUUGUGAAUGAUUGCAGGUCUCCUUGUCCUGGCCCUGAAGUUCUGGCCACCCCUGAUGAUUUCAACACAUAUUUUCUAAAUGUAGCAGAUGAACUCAUCACAAAUAUACCCGUGUUGCAGACAGACCCCCUGGAUUCGGUUAAGGAUCUCACCCAAACACACAACUUUAACUGCUGGACGAAGAGGGAAAGACCUAGAGGAUCUCCGUGGAGAAGCUACUGUCCUACUGGAAGAAGCGAAGAGCUGGUUUGCCGUCAAUAGGCUCAAGGUGAAUGAGGACAAGACACAGACCAUCCUGUGUACCCUCAAACCUGUUGUGGAAGAUGAGGCUGUAAAACUCCUGGGCUUCUGGCUUGACCCCAGGUUAAAUUGGAAGCAUCACAUAGACAAGGUAUGUGUUAGGCUAUCUAGAGUUACCUACCUACUAAGAAGACUUCGUUCUACUUUAAGUCAACCCUCUCUGCUGAUGGUCUAUCACGCCCUCUUCCACAGCCAUGUGUCGUACGGCCUUGUCCUAUGGGGCCAUUCUACGGCAGCCCAUGACAUCCUACUGCUCCAGAAGAAAGCCAUGAGGAUAGUGUCAUCUGCUGGCUACAAGCAGCACUGCCGCCCUAUAUUCAUCCGGCAUAGGGUGCUUACUGUAUUCAGCCAGUAUAUCCUCGACAUCCUUGUACUACUCAAGGACAAGGUGGGACUCUUUGGCAGGAGGGAGGAGGUCCACACCCACAAUACCCGCAGAGCCCCAGACCUUGACAUGCCUCGGUGCCGACUUGCACAGACAAUGAGGAGUUACCCGCGUUCGGCAAUUAGGGUAUUCAACACCUUGCCUAAACGAGUGCGUGACAUGGACCUGCCAGACUUUAAGAGGGAGAUACGUGAGGGACUGCUGAAUAGGCCAUUGUACGCCUUGCAUGAGUUGGAGAGUGAACCACUUUUUUUAACGUGACACGUCCGCCACAAAAG